UGGUGCUGCUGCUGGUGCUGCUGCUGGUGCUGCUGCUGGUGCUGCUGCUGGUGCUGGUGCUGCUGCUGGUGCUGGUGCUGGUGCUGGUGCUGGUGCUGGUGCUGGUGCUGGUGCUGGACGGCUGCCGCAGGGUCUGAACGCUGAAGAUGGAAAAUAUUUUUCUGCUUGCUUUUAGAUGAUCUGAUAACUUUUUAAAAAAAAAAAUAUUUAGAAACCUUAGAAAAAGGAAAAUAAAAGCCAGGAACAAAGAUGCAGAGCUGGAGGUGUUAUUUCUCAAGGCUCAUGCGUCUCUCGGGGCACUGGGUACGUUUCUGUCCCCGGCAGAGACGACCUGGACCGCUGCGGCAGUUGUGGAGCUACGGGAAAGUCGUCUACAAUUCCCUUUACUUUAACGUCCUCACCAACUGGGACACGGUGCUCGACUCCAUCUUCGAACCGGUUUAUUGGUUGGUGGACAACCUGACUCGCUGGUUUGGGGUGGUGUUUGUGUGUCUGGUGAUCGCUCUCACCACGUCUGUGGUACUGAUCGUCUACCUCUGCGUCCUGCCGCUGAUCGUCCGCACGUACCCGGGGCACUGGAUCCUUUGGCACCUGUGCUAUGGCCACUGGAAUCUUGUGAAUAUUGUGUUUCACUACUACAAGGCUAUCACCACAUCUCCCGGGCGUUCUCCACAGGAGGUGACGGACGUUCCGACGGUGACGAUUUGUAAGAAGUGUAUUGUCCCCAAACCGGCGAGGACACACCACUGCAGCAUCUGCAACACGUGCGUCUUAAAAAUGGACCAUCACUGUCCCUGGUUAAAUAACUGCGUCGGUCAUUUUAACCACCGCUACUUCUUUUCCUUUUGCCUUUAUAUGACCAUGGGCUGUAUCUACUGCAGCAUCAGCGCCAAAGACAUGUUCAUAGAAGCUUACUAUGCCAUCGAGAGCUAUUAUCAGACUCCUCCACCUCAUUUCACUUCUGAGGAGAAGUUUUUCCAUAAGAGCCUACUUUACCUCUGGGUGCUCACAAGCUCCGUUGCAGUAGCUCUCGGAAGCCUGACCAUCUGGCAUGCUGUACUUAUCACCAGAGGAGAGACGAGUGUGGAGAGACACAUUAACGGCAAAGAGAAGAAACGCCUGAAGCAGAUAGGCAAGGUUUUCAGGAAUCCGUAUCAUCAUGGAAGAAUAAAUAACUGGAAAAUGCUGUUUGGUGUGGAGACAAAGAGUCAGUGGAUAACUCGGGUGCUGUUACCCUCGAGUCACCCUCCUCACGGUGACGGGCUGAUCUGGGGCUGUCCUCCAUUCAGACAGGACACCAUGGACACUAUAUAAAGGUUUAGUUUCAAACCAGCAGACUUGUCAGUGCGAACAUUUACACUGCUGUUAGCAAACGGUGGAGUAUCGCAGUGGAUUAGCUGUAAAAGUGACUGACUGACUGUACGUGCCAAAGAUUUGCUGCAAAAUGAUCUUUUCUGGAUGUGUGUGAGUAUUUUGUGCGAUUUGUGAGACACACAAUCUUCUGAAGUGUUUUAGUGGGUGAACAAUUUGAGUUCUGUACAUUUCAUUGAACAAAUGUAAUUCUCAAGGGGUCCAUUUUGAAUGUAGAAAAUUCAAUCAGUUUCUUUCUUUUUUUUUUUAAAGCUUCAAGAUUGAAACUUUUAUUUGAUGAUCAGCAGCUCUGACGAGACAAAUACAGUAACAUUUCAUUAAUCAGCAACACGCUCGUUCGGAGCUGUGCUCCAUACAGCAGAGUUUUUAUUGUAUAAAUUUUUUUUUUUUUUUUAAAUAAAUCAUGUUUCAUGUA